AUUGCUGACACCAGAAUGUUUACAUGAGCAGGUCAAAGUUCAGAUACCAAAGGGUACGUCACACAGGUGUUGCAGCAGUACAGCAUAUCAAUCUUCUACAGGUAGAACGAUGUUUACUCGGUCGUUCAGAAGCCUGAAUCGUCUCGCCCGACAACACUCCACGUUUCGCGACGAUGGCGGUCCCCGGUGGUCUCGGUACGGCACAGCGGCCGGGGCUGUUAUAUCUACCGGAGCCUCCCUGGUGGCGAUGUACUCAGCGUACGACUCAAGGAAGAAUCUGCAGGCGCACAGAAGGAAGGAGUUCGGACGAGCUUUUGCAGAACUUCAGGAUGGUUACUACACGAGUGAGAUGCACCAGGCCAUGAGGAGGCUCUACACGCUGAAGAAAAGAGCGGAGAGCGAAGGCCGCGAAUGGGACGACGUGUGCGGGGAAUGGGCGGCUGACGACCUGACUUUCGCCCUGACACCCGCGGGGAAACCCUCUGGAGAAAAACUGAGCCGCAAGAAAGAGGUGGAAGAAAUAGAAGAAGCCAGGAGAAAAUGGAGUGCCUUCUACAUCAAGUUUCGCUCCCUCUAUAAACGGGGUGUUAUCUCUGGAGAAGACGUCAAGCAAUAUCAUUUCCCCAGUGGCACUCAAAUGAAAGGGUAUAUCUCCAUAGUUGACGCACUAGAACAUGCAGGAAGUGUCAUUUUUGUCGGAAACGACCACAAGUACAUUUCUAACUACACAAAGGAGAAGGUAGCCGGGUUUCUGGACACUACUUUCCUUGGUGGCAACGUCGCACCAUCUAGAGAGAAACUUCUUGAGAGGAAUGAGAAAUAUCUACACCUGAGAAAGAAAGUGAUGGAAAAUGUGAAAGCUACUACGCCCAAGAAAUAACAUGUUAGAAAAAGACUUUAGAUUUAUUUUAGGAAGGUAUAAGUGUCUUACGAGGUUUAGCUUCAUUGCAGUGCCUUAAAAGCAUUCAGACGUACAUGUAUGCAAGAAGGGAUGGAAAGAUUAUGCAUAUGAAAACAUAAAUCGUUGCUUUGCAUAAUUUGUAUAACCUACGUUAAAGAUGCCUUGCGCCUUAGAAACAGCGUAUUUGAAUCAUGUUAUUAGUAACAUUCUGGUAUAACCGGUCGUUUUGCAAAUGAUUGUCAGUUCACUUUAGUCGUUUCGCUACAUGGUGAAAGUCGCUUCGCUACAUAUUCGACUUCGUUCCGCUACAGGAAACAAGAUCGUUUCGGUUCAUUUGGAUACAUUUUUCUGUAUACAUGUAAAUUAAUAACAUCCCUGAUGUGCCUUGUAACCACUUGUACUAUACACUGUUCAGUCACCAGGGCGUUGGUCAGCCUUGAACUAGUUGCGUUGCCCUGGCUGUAUGUUUAAUACAGCCUAGCUAAUAAAAAAAAAUCUACAAAAAACCACUAAUGUUUCAAUAGUAAGUACAUACUCUAAGUGAUCAUUGCUUUAAAGGCCACGUAUGAUUUGUACCAUCUAUAUAAGUACACCUACCAUCUAUUGUGUUGCUUUGUUGUUAUUAGUUAUCCUAUAUAUACAGUAAACUUUUAUAUCUUAGAAUGUUUAUUUUUUUUUCAUCUUAUCUAAUUGGUCUUUGAGGGAGAGUAAUUGUAUACUUUUCGUAUUCCAACUGUUUGCACUGUUUUAGAUGAAAUAUAUCUUUGAUAAGUUACAGAGAUUGACUCGCUUUUGAUUUGCUUAGAAGGCAAUGUUAAUGCACAGACGACUAGGUGUUUUUCUGAAGUUUAAUCGUUCAUUCAGCAAGCCGCAUGAAACUACCCCGUGUAAGAACGACAUCUAGCGAGAUUUAGCGGGUAAACACACAUGCACACGUCAGGCAGCACUCCCUGUGACUCGUUCCCUGGGUACGAGAGCAGGUCAAAGGUUAUCAGUUAAUAUGGCGGCCCGAGGUUUGCGAUUAGUGUAGAUUUUGAUCAACAGGAAAGCGUAAAAAAACAGAACUAUGAAAUCAUUUCCUUUUUCCUGCCUGAUUCUGAAGUUCCGUGAGUUACAGACGUCCUAGACUCAUGGAAGAAACCAUCUACGCAGGAUUUUUAGCGCUGGAAAGACAUGGUAUGACAAGUUGGUAUCACACUGAAGUUUGCACCCACUACGAGAGGUAAUCCAGCUGAGGUAGACGUCGAUGUCCACGCCAAGAUGCCCCUGUCACUAGACGUCCUCGCCACCCCCGUCCUCCGCUGUCUACACCACAUCCGUCUGUCGCGUAUCAUCGGCAUGUUGCUCGUCAUCCUGAUCGUGAUCCCGCUCAUCACGCACUGGUACCUGGGCAGCGUGGACGGGACCAAUCAGAGACAUGACCUGCCCGGCGUCGACUCGCCGGGAAUUUUCCAGGACAUGGAUCCGAAAGAGUUGCGACACCACGUACACGAGCUACAUAGAAUCAAGUCGUCAGUCAGUAAUGAACUUCUGGAGCUGGAGAGUAAGCGACAGCGGCUACAGGGGAGCAUCAGUCAUUAUAACGGGGAGGUCGAGCAGGCCAAGGUCGAACUGGAGACGGCACGGAACGAGCUCAACGCACUCAAGCUGCAACUCAGACAGACGCAGAAGGAACUGGAAGAAACAAUGGAGGCCCACCGACCGCGCGUGGCGCAGCCCCACCGUAUCCUGCCCUCAGAGGACGAUAACGUCCUCAUCGCGCCUCCCGCCUCCUCCUCGUCAUGUCGGCAGCACACCUGCUUCGACUACUCGCGCUGUUCUCUCACGUCAGGCUUCCCUGUAUAUGUUUAUCCCACAGAAGACAGCAUCUUUCCCUUGGAUUCUUACAUACAAGACGUGACUCUGAGCAGUCUGGAACAGAACCUGUACCUAUCCAGCAAUCCUGCCACUGCCUGUGUGUACGUCGUUAUAGUCGGUACUCUCGCGAGCAGACUGGGCGCUAAGGACAUGGAGCGCAAACUUACCAGUCUCCCGUACUGGAGAGGGGACGGCAGAAACCACCUUCUCGUAAACAUCGCCAGAGACUACAGCGCCGAAAACGUGCUCCGUAACAUCGAGACCGGACGCGCGAUGGUCGUACAAUCCGAGUUUGUGUUCUCGCAGUAUCGAGCUGGUUUCGAUAUUGUCAUCCCGCCCGUGUUCACGUGGGAAGCGGGAAGGGACGCGUUCGAUAGCAUUCCUCCGCAAGUUCCCGCGCACAGAAAACACCUCUUUAGUUUUAUCGGAGAGAAAGACUCCGCUGGUGUUAUAGUAUCAGAAAAAGGCGAACUUUUUUAUAAUGAUGCGUCGUCGAAUAGACGUGGCGCGGCAGGCGAGAUGGACGUUCUUGCGGACUUGGUAGCGAUCGAGAAUAACGAUGACGACAAUCUCCUAGUGAAAGUGACUUGUGGGGGGGACAGUGUGCGGGGUUUGAGGGGGGAGUGGCAGUUGUGUGGAAAGCCACAGGAGAGACAACAGGUUCUUCGUGAAUCAACCUUCAGUAUAAUCAUUGUUGCAGCGUCCAGUGUAUUGAGCUCAGUGUUGACAACAGUGCGGCUCUAUGAGUCCCUUAAAUACGGAGCCGUCCCGGUUAUAUUGGGCGAACAAGUACAGUUACCAUUCAGUGAGGUUAUAGACUGGCAGCAGGCAGCGUUCGUCUUUCCCCUGGCACGUGUCAGUGAACUGCACUUCUUCUUGCGUACCGUGAGCGACAGCGAUUUGCUACGGAUGCGCCGUCAAGGCCGCUUUCUGUGGGAAACGUACCUAUCCUCACCGCAAGCCGUUUUGAACACAGUGUUAAGCGUCGUACGAACUAGAAUAUCCAUCCCGCCGAAGACCGUUCCCGAGGAACCCUCGCCGACGGUGUACAACGAAGACACGUACCCUCUACUUCUCGAAGAGGUGGAGCCGAUAUCGGAAACGGGGAUGGAAUUCGGACCAGUAGAGCCGCCGUACGACUCGCCUAAGUUUCUGCGUAAUUUCACUACCUCAGUUGUAGACAAACAUACUUUGUGGAAUAGUUUCCCGGGGCCGUUUUACCUGUACCCCUACCUCCCCUCCGAUCCAGUGUUACCAUCAGAAGCGAAGUUCAUGGGAUCGGGGUUGGGCUUUCGACCAAUCAACAAAGGCUCGGGCGGCGCCGGGAAAGAGUUCCAGGAAUCGCUGGGAGGGAACGUACCCAGAGAACAGUUCACUAUCGUUAUGCUGACGUACGAGCGCGAGUCGGUUUUGAUCAACUCUCUCCAGCGACUGAUCGGACUGCCGUACCUGAACAAGGUGCUGGUGGUGUGGAACUCGCCCAACUUGCCGUCCGAGGACCUGAGAUGGCCCGAUAUUGGAGUCCCCAUAGUUGUCAUUAGAACAAAAAAGAACAGUUUGAAUAACCGCUUCCUACCAUACGACGUGAUCGAGACAGAAGCCAUCUUGUCAAUCGACGAUGACGCACAUCUGCGACACGACGAGAUUCUUUUCGGUUUCAGGGUAUGGCGUGAGGCUCGUGACAGGGUGGUGGGUUUCCCGGGACGGUUCCACGCGUGGGACGGCUCGCACCAGUCCUGGCUCUACAACUCCAACUACUCCUGUGAACUGUCCAUGGUCCUCACUGGGGCAGCGUUCUUUCACAAGUAUUAUGCGUACCUGUACUCGUACGUGAUGCCCCAGGUCAUCAGAGACAAGGUUGACGAGUACCUGAACUGUGAAGACAUCGCUAUGAACUUCCUGGUCUCACACAUCACACGGAAACCUCCCAUCAAGGUAACGUCGCGUUGGACGUUUCGUUGUCCCGGUUGUCCGCAGGCUCUCUCGCACGAUGACUCCCACUUCCAGGAGCGACACAAGUGUAUAAACUAUUUUGUCCAGGUGUACGGUUACAUGCCGCUUCUAAACACACAGUUUCGCGUCGACUCAGUUCUCUUCAAAACUAGACUACCUCACGACAAGCAGAAGUGUUUUAAGUUUAUAUAAGGCCACACUGGUUCAUUUUAGUGGUUGUCAAGCAUUAGGCCAUACUGGUUUUAUUAUAUGGAUAACAUCCUCUGGGAACCCUAAAUCUUAUGCGAGCGUGCUGAUGAAUAAAAAACAAAAAGUUUGGCCAUUACGAACUUCAGUUCUAUAUUAGUGGUCAGGAAGGUUGAACAUAUGACCAAAAACACAGAACAUAUAGCAUACCUAACAAUGAAUUCCUUAUUUUUUCACAUUUUUGUUUUUUGACCUUGGAAGACUUAGCUCUUUUUGUCCAUUUUUUAAAUACAUUUUUAACAAUGUUCAGCAUGUAUUUGCUCACUUUUCAACUU